AUGAUUUUUGUCCCUCUUUCAGGCUACCAGCAGGAGACUAACAUUGCUUGUACCAUAGAUGUCGGCCUUCUCUUUCAGGUUAUCACCCGCGCCGAGCGGAGCCCAGAAGUCGAGCGCCUCCCUUUCAGAGUUCUCUUCCAAGCAUACGACGAGGUCAUUGCAGAACAUGGCGUGGACGCGGAUCCGGGCUAUGCCUGCAUGCGAUUCUUGCUCAAGAUGGGCAAGAAGAACAUCGUAGGCGAUACGCUUUUUGACAAAUUUGAGAAUCUGCUGGAACGGAAUGGAAUAGUAAUAGAAUUCGGCGGGGGUAAUGAUGACGACAAUGAUGAAGAAAACGAAACUUAUGAAGAUAGUGCACCGGUGGUGGAUGGUCGACUUCGAGCGAGGGUGGACCGGGAUAGUGUGCCUAGAGAUGACACUACACAAACAAUCCGACGAAGACGAGCUUCCUUCAAUUCGAUGUAUGAUGUUGGCGACGACCCCACACAACGAAGCCUGCUCAAUCGGCCAAGCUCACGCUCGUCGCUAUCUCGUCUGCCCCUUGAGAAGCCCGAUUUCAAGGAUCAUCAGCAAUCACCACCAAGAAACACGACGACCAAGAAACAGCCGAGUUCUCCGGAUAGAACCCAACUGAUGGCACAGUUCAUAGAUGUGGGACGUCGCCUGAUGAGCAGAAUGGAUUUUUUGGACCCAGAAAAGAAUCAAAAGCCUGCCUCCAAUGGCGUCGAAGCCAGAUCUGCAGUUGAUGAAGACCGCUCAAAGAGAAUCGCAGAAGUCUCACAAUCACGCCGUCGGCGGCGCUCGCCGAGCCCAAAGGAUUCGGAUGAAGAUGUGGAAGAUUCGUCGGCUUCGGAUGACCCAAGUGAGACCGUUGACCGACCUGAGAUUCCGCUCGAAAUGUUAUAUCGGCCGUCGCUGUCAGACCUGCUACGAGAUGCAUCGACAUUCAAUAUGUACCGUCAGCGAGCCAUCAAUCGCCGCAUCAUCACCCAAUGGCUGAAAAAGGCGAUCCAGACGCGACAGAGCCAUCAAAACAUGGAAGUGGUUGCUGUCAAUCGGGAUCGUCUUACUCUUGUUCGCCAGGCGUUUGAUACGUGGCACACUAUCAUUCAGAGGAAACGGCAAGCAGAGCGGACGGAGAGGUUCUUUAAACACUUAGAAGAACGAGCCGGAAGGGCUAGAGACCUCUAUCUCAUGACCAAAGCUUUCACCCAUUGGGCCCAAGUGUCUUCCGAAGAGAUUGCGAGAACGUCCGCGGCGCGACAUCACGUCCUCGGUGUCAAGUACUUUAAUGCGUGGCGUGAGAUAACUGCGGUCAAUGAACUCAAGGCGCAGAGAUUCGCAUUGCGAAGGCCCUUCAAUGCUUGGAAGAAGAAGCUUCAUCAGGUCAAAGAAGCAGAACAAAAGGCAGUGGUCAGAUGUAAUCAACAAUCCACGCAUAAUGUUUAUUGGCAAUGGUUCUGGUGUUUCUGCGAACGACGCGCUCCGCAGUGGUACGAUAACUGUUUAAAGAGGCGGUCGCUGUUGUACUGGUUACGGAAAUUUCGAAACAACAGAGAGCGGAUCCAUGAGAUUGAUCUAAAGAAUAAGCACAACGCGCUCGCCUUGACGAUGCAUACUUGGGCUCAGCGAUCGAAGGCCAUCGCCGCUGGCCAGCAGGAAGCAGUCUCCCGAGAGCGCCGGCAGCUUUUGGAGGAUAGUCUUGGGGAAUGGAGGGUCCAGUGUCAACUUGCUCCGGCCGCGUCUCGUGUUGCGGGCAUGGUUGACAUUCGCAUCGUUAAAACGGCCUUUGGACAAUGGGUGAAACGAGCCCAAAUGGUGACACAAGCAAGGGAGCUGAAUCGACAAAGGCUCGUACGCAAUUCGUGGACUUCGUGGAACGAUCUGCUCCGAUGCCAGGCUCUUAGUGCGCGAAUCGAGGAGCGCCUGAAGAUGGAAACCAUGUACAAAUGGAUCCUGGCAGAGCGGUUCCGGCUAAUGCAGCGCAUUCGGGAGCAACGGAUUACACGCGAUGUAUUCUCCACGUUCGUUACUAACGUUCGGAGGACGUAUUCUCGACUACUCGAUAAAGCAGAACGACAUGAGGACCACCGAAACGAAGAGCUUCUCCGGUCGAAAUUCACCCUAUGGCGCGACCAGCUCUCCCUCCAACAUCAGCGCGAUGUCGUUGCCUUCGAAUUUUAUGCACCUCGUUUGGCGCAGGAGUCACUCGUGGCAUGGCGAUCGAAGCUUGACAACGUAGCGAAGCUUGACGGAUGGGCCCGCGAUGCACAAUUCUACUUUGGUUCAACAAGGGCACUGAAAAAGUGGCGAGUAGCAACGGUGGAAGCUGCGAAGCGGCGCCGUCAAGAUGCCUACGCGCAAACCCGGAGAAAGAUCAAGAUUAACCUCGCUUCAAGAGUCUUGGAUUCUUGGAGUAUCAAAGCCCAGCACGUCUCUGAAUUAGAGCAACGGGCUCUGCAAUUCAGCCGAAGAAAGUCGCUGGAACUGGCAUCAGGAUUUUUAGGCCGGUGGCACGAGAAAACUCAGAAACAAAUAGAGGAUACAACAAGUGCCGACACCUACUAUUUCCGACGCAUUGCCUAUAAUCAACUGAUACGGUUAGCUGAGGUCCUGAUAGAAUGGCAUCGCAUGAGAGAACAGGCGGAUGGCGUGUAUCACCUGCAUGUCCUGGCCCAGGCCAACACCCAUCUCCGGAAGCUCAGCCUGCGCGUUUUCCAGAUCAAGAGCUCUGCCGAGACUGCGGGCGCCAUGAGAGAGCGAAGUCUAAGGAGACAUUCAAGGGGCAUGUUCCGUCACUGGCUUGAUAAGACUCGAAUGAAUAUCGAAGCUCGCGACUCUCCUGGGCCCCUUAUGAGCCCUGCGAAGACCUUUGACGGAGCCGGUCGAACAGAUCAAGCAAUAUUUGAUCCUUGGUACCAGUCCGAGACACCCUUCAAGCUCGGUGACUUUGUCGGCGGCUCUCCGGCUCCUUCUCCCAACCCGCUGGCUACUCCCAACAAUUUGACUUCACCCUCUAAGCGGGCUGCGCGCGCGAGGACACUAGCCCAGGUGUCCACCACGCCUGCCACCCCGUUGCAGACGCCGUUUGCGAGUCGGCUCCUACGUGCCAGGACGAACUCAGCUGUCCCCAAGACCGCCUCGAGCAAACGACCUCGCAACGGCCGGGCCAGCUCCCUAGCGACCAGCGUCCGGUUCGUCGACGAGGCACCGGAAUCACCUACGGACGGUAGGAGAUCAUCCGGACGACGGAUGUGA